AUGCGCGUCGCUGCAGCGCGCCCCCCGCUGAGGGGGGGGGCUGCCUCGCGCCUUCUGCGGCUGUGCGCUGCAACGGUGCUGGUCGCUCAGGCGGGCAGUCUGUCUCUCCUUCCCGAUAUGUGCCCCAAGCCCGUCGAGGGCUCGAAGCCCGCGUACCACUCCGGGUGCGUCGCGAGGCCCACCGUCAGGGCCCAGAGGACGGCGCUGUGGCACUUGUCGCCCGGAGACGCUCCUCGCAGUCCGCUGGCGCGUGCGUGCGUGCGGCGAGCCCAAGCUGGUCCUGCCACUGGGAGCGCACGGAGGUGAUACCAGAGCAGCAGGGGAGGAGCAGGAACCCCAGCAGCAGCGCCCGUGCCGCCAUUGCCACCGCAGCGGAAGUCUGUACGGUGCCUGGAAGAUUACGGAGGCCGACGCCAACCCGUGCAAGCCAGCGGGCAGGAUCGAAAAACAGCCAGAGUCAAAACAGCU